AUGGUCGCCCCGUCAGAGCCAGCCGUGCCCAUAGUGCGCGGCGCUGGCAAGAAGGCAACGCAGGCUAAAAGGCAACUGUAUGCUAAUCCUUUGCCCGUCGGGACCCACGAUCGACUACGGAACACGAUUGGAACUUCGCGCCGUACCUGGUGGGACUGGUUCAACGAAGGUACGAAAUGGUUUGCGGAGCGGUCGCAUGCACCCCCUAUUUAUCGGGGCUGGUAUGAUGCAACGACGAAUGCUGUAUGGAUGAGCGACGAGGGCGAUGCUUCCAAGCUCUGGACCCAGGGUUUUUUCGGGAAGGGCAAUCUAAGCCGUAGUGAGCCGACCUGGGCCGCGCGCAUGCGAGCAGAGGCCGAGGCGCGUGAACGUGGUGAGAUGACUGCGGAGCAAAUGACGCAAAAGCGACGCGAGGAACGCAAGCUCCUCAAAAUUGAGCGUGCGCGGGCAGCCGUCAAAGCCGGCAUUCAACUCCCGGAUGGUGUUACCGCUCUCGGUGGCGAGUGGAACGAGUCGAGCCACGAAGCAGGAGGACUAUGGCGCGGCGAUGAGGACAUGCCGACUGUGCAAAUGGGUGUCUCGCGUAUCAAAGGUCUCAAAUACUUUUCUGACGAAGUGGCAAAACCGGUGCCUGAGUCACCAUAUGAACAUGACGAGUUUGAUUCCCUGGACAACAUCGAGCAUUUUCAGCUCACCAUGAUUGAGGCCUUUUUUUUGGCGGGCAUGUUGGGAUGCCUGGAGGUAUAUGACAAGGAGGGAACAAUGCUUUCUGUCGAUGCAUUGUACCAGCUCUGUCUAUCGACGCAACUCCCGCCGAAUGCCUCCACGCCCCCCCUAUACUGGGUCUGGUUUAGUAUGAUUAACCGCGUCAAUACCCAGGUUCAAAAGCAAGGUCACUUUGCCGUCAAGGAAGUGGCUAUUCGCCGCUGGGUGCCUGCACGGAUGAAGUCGUAA